ACAUACUGCAGUAUUGUUAUGGUUCUUGGGCCUUGGCGUGUUAGUUCUGUUAUAAUUUCAUUGUUGGCUUACCGUGUCUUUACCGAGCGCUUGAAAUCUUUUCACUUUUGAUGCUGACUUAUUGUGACGUAGUAUUCCUGUGAUAACCGCAGAGGAUCAACAAGGGUUUACUGCCUGAGGUGAGUGAGGGGCUGAUUGACUAAUUCACUUGUUGGUUAGCAGGCAGACACUCUUAGAGACUGAACUCCUCAUAGUGCCUCUUUCGCACAUAGUGUAUCUCUUUAUGUGUAAAAAGUUGAAAUGGAAGUUGAUCAUUACUCAACAGCCGGACAGAAUGUUAAAUAUGUGUUGCGCAGUGCGCAGCCAGCUUGAGAAGCUACCAGUCCCUGAUCUCUAUAAGGAGGAAAGGAUGAAGGGUGUGUGCGCGGUGAGGAUCGAGCCAGCCCACCCCAGGAAGGCAGGCAACACUUCUUGGCACACUUAUUGAAAAGAAACUUAAUAUAACAUGGAGGGAGGUAAAGCUGAGCGGAAGGGUGGCAAAAGCUGGAAGAAGGAAAGAGAGGAGAGGGAGAGAAAGAGAGUCACAAACAGAGGUCCAGGAUCUUCUAUAAAAGAUUCAGAUGAAAAGAAAGAAGAACAAAGGAGGGAAGAGGAUGCCCAAAGACAAGAAGAAGAAGAAGCAAAGAGAAGGCUAGAGGAGGAAAAAAAGCAGAAAGAAGAGGCUAAGGAAAGAGAAGAAGAAGCACGAAAGAAAAAUGAAGAAGAAACAAAGAGACAAGAGGAAGAAGAGUUAAAGAAGAGGGAGGAAGAUCAUGCAUUUCUGUUAGCAUACAUCCAGGAGACAGAGGAGCGGCUCAGCAAGAAGGCUGCACUUCGCACGCAGAAUCUGGCAGUGGCAAAGGAUCGACCGGAGCUCAACACUGCUCUGCUGGACUCAAGCUUGAAGAAGAACACAGCUUUCAUCAAAAAACUUAAAAACUUAACAGAAAGCCAGCACGAAUCACUUGUGAGGGAUCUUCAGAGCCUCAACCUGACUAAGUAUGUGAGUGAGGUGGCCCAAGCAGUAGUGGAAGCCAAGUUGAAGAUGUCUGAUAUCAAUACUGCUGUCCACAUUUGUUCCCUGUUGCAUCAGCGAUACCAUGACUUCUCCCCAACUCUCUUAGAGAACUGGCAGAAGGUUCUUGCCAUUAAGAAAGAUGAAAAGAGCAGCAACAUGAGCAAGCUACGAGUGGACCUGAGACUUUAUGCUGAGCUGAUCACUGCUGGGAUCUUUGCUCCCAAAGAAGGUCUUCCUCUUUUGGGCAAUGUGCUCACCACCCUGGUCAGCCAAGACAAAGAGGAGCACCAGAAUAUCUCAGUGCUGUUGACAUUUUGCCGCCAUUGUGGGGAAGAUUACAUGGGUCUGGUGUCUCGCCGCAUUAGGACUCUUGCUGAAACUUUCAAGAUGUCUGUUCCUAAGAGUGAAUUUCUUCCCCGUGAAAGGCAGAAAAAUGUGCGACAGUUGCUGAAAGACUACUUCACCUCCUUGACAAAGCAUUUAUUCCAUGAUUAUAAGGAGCUGCAGCAGGUGGAGCAGCAUAAUCGUCGACUGCUGCAGACUCGAGGUGAACUGAGUCAGGAAAGACUUCAGCUUGCAGAAAACCUUGCAGCAGGACUUUCCAAACUCCUAACAAAUGCCCAACAGAUGGCAGAACUCUUGGAUGAACCCCUCCCUGAGCUUCCCCAAGACAAGAGUUCAGGGGAUGAGCUGGGUCUUGGUGAGAUGGGCCUUGGGGAAGGUGGUGAGAUGCCUGACGGAGGUAUUGCAACUCUUUGGGAGGAUGAUGACAUGCGGGCAUUUUAUGAGAAUUUCCCUGAGCUGAAGGCGCUCAUACCUUCAAUUCUCUACAGUGAUUCAGAAAAACCUACAAGUACUCCAGUUGAAGAGGCUCCCUCAGAGGUUGUUGGAGAGACAUUGGAAGAGGAGGAAUUGGAAGCCAUGGAGACAACAGAGGAGUGCAAAGAAGGAGAAGAGGAAGAAGAAGAGGUUCUGCCCCCGGAUCUGCCAGCUGAGGAGGAACAAGAAGAAAGUGGAGGUAGUGGAGGUGCAGGAGGGCAAGCCUCCAAUAAGGUGCUCCUGGAUGCUUUCAUCAGUGCACUUCCUAACUGCAUAAAUCGGGACUUGAUCGACAGUGCAGCCAUGGAGUUUUGUCUCAGACUUAACACGAAGCCCAGCCGGAAAAAACUAGUGAGAGCUCUGUUUCUGGUACCAAGGACACGGUUGGACUUGCUUCCCUUCUAUUCUCGACUAGUAGCAACUUUACAGCCACUUAUGCCAGACCUGGCCACAGAUUUGGUUAACAUGCUCAAGCAGGACUUCAAAUACCAAGUGCGGAAGAAGGAUCAGAUCAACAUAGAGUCAAAGAUUAAAGUGGUUCGCUUCAUUGGAGAAUUGGUGAAGUUUCGUAUAUAUCCUCGGAGUGAAGCUCUGACUUGCCUGCGAAUGCUGCUGCAAGACUUCAACCACCACCACAUUGAAAUGGCUUGCAACCUCCUGGAAACUUGUGGUCGUUUCCUCUACAGGAAUGCAGAUUCUCACCAUCGCACAAAAAUUUACUUAGAGCAGAUGAUGCGAAAGAAGACUGUUAAGGCCUUUGAUCCAAGAUAUAAUACUAUGAUAGAAAAUGCCUAUUUCUAUGUCAACCCUCCCGAUACUGGUCCAGAUACAGCAAAAAAGGAACGACCACCAAUGCAUCAGUACAUUCGGAAGCUCUUGUAUAACGAUCUCUCAAAGACCAACACUGAAAAGAUUCUGCGGCAGAUGCGCAAAAUGCACUGGGAAGAUCAAGCCACAUCGAGGUAUAUCAUCAAGUGCUUGACAGCUGUGUGGAAUGCGAAAUACUACAACAUUCGAUGUAUUGCAAACCUGGUGGCUGGACUGAUCUCACAUCAUAAAGCUCAAUUAUGGUGUCUUGAGCAGGACUGGGUUGGACCAACUGUAGUGGAUGGAGUAUUGGAGGACAUCCGAAUUGGCUUGGAGAUCAAUCACCCAAAAUUCAACCAGCGACAGGUAGCUUCAGUCAAGUAUCUUGGUGAGCUGUACAACUACCGUGUGAUUGAGAGCACCAUCAUCUUCAAGAUGCUGUACUCGUUUAUUUCCUUUGGUGUGACAUUUGACUCAGCGCUGGCAUCGGAGUACGAUCCUCCUGAACACCUCUUCCGGAUCCGGCUGGUGUGCACACUGCUGGAGACAUGUGGCCAGUUCUUCAGCUCUGGCUCCAGCAAACGCCGUCUUGAUUGCUUCUUGACGUACUUUCAACAUUACUACCAGUACAAAAGGAGCUUGAGUGUGUGGACAAAUGAAGAAGGCCAGGAGUUCCCAUGGCAGAUUGAGCAUCUAGUAAAGGACACUAUAGCUGCUGUCAGGCCCAAACUACAGCCAGCUACCAGUCUUGAGGAAGCCCAGAAAGCAGUUCAGAACCUCAACAGUCAAAUUGUGUCAAAGGCAAUUGAGUUGGUUCCAAGUUUACGGGAGUAUUUGGAGCCUGAAGACACUGACAGCCUAGAACCAAUUGCAGAAGAGGGCAGUGAAGAGCAGGUGCCAGGGCUGGAGGGUGACUUAAUGGAGGACAUGAUGGAAGAUGAAGAGGAAUUUGAAGAGGUGGAAGGUGAACUGGACUGGAGUGAAUCACAUGGGGAGUCCCUCACCCCUUCCCAGCACAGCCAGCCUGGGCGAGGCACCAUGGAGGAGGAAGGGGAAGCAGGGCUGACUGGAGAAGCAGAGGAAGAGCUGGGAGAUGAGGAAGAUGGAGGAAGAGAGGAAAGAAGAGCACAGUUAGAAGAGGAGCAGCUUCUGGAUGGUGAUAUGAAUGUCAAUAUAAAUCACGUACAAUGUGAAGAAGACAAUGACUUCAUGUCAGCAUUUGAUCGCAUGAUGGCAGACAGCAUCUUAGAACGUGCUUCAGCUGUGCCUCGGCCGGGCCAGUUAGACAUAUCUGUGCCUGUCCACAUCAGAUCAACAGCAAAGAAAACCUAUGAUCAGUUGUUGAGUGAAGGCACAAAGGAAGAAGCCAAGCCGGUUGUCAACUUUGUCUUCUUGACACGCUCAGGCAACAAGCAGCAGUACAACAGUGUAGAAAUGCCGGUUGACUCAGAACUUGUCACCAAACUGCGGACACGAGAAGAGGCUGAGAGGGCAGAGAAGGAGAAGGUGAAGCGGAUGACCUUGGAGAUCAAUGAACGACAAGAGGAGGAGGAAGCUGCAGAGAUAAUGCAACAGGCACAGCGGCCAGCUACUAUGAACUUCAACCGAGAUCGUCGACCAAAGUACCAACAUCCAAAGGGGGCUCCAGAUGCAGACCUUAUAUUUGGACCUAAAAAAAUAAGAUGAGGUGAACCAAUACUCUUGAAUAUUUCCUCGUUGCCAAAGCUGGAAAUAUUUGCGUUGCUAAAUCAGCACUGUUUUAUGUUGCUGCUUGCAUUGUGUUGCAAGAACCAGCAUAUUGAUCCUGUGAUGACCUGAAGAUUAAAUACAUUUGUAAAAAUUGUAA